GAGGAGGAGGAAGAGGAGGAGGAGGAGGAGGAGGAAGAGGAGGAGGAGGAGGGCGCUCGGGAAGCGGAGCGGGCGGCCCAUGGCGGCGGGGGGCAGCGGGGGCGGGCUGCUCGCCUUCCUGCGGCUGCUGGGGCAGCUCAAGAGGGUGCCGCGGACGGGAUGGGUGUACAGGAACGUGGCAAAGCCAGAGAGCGUGUCGGAUCACAUGUACAGGAUGGCGAUGAUGGCCUUGGUGACCGAGGACAAAAACCUUAACAAGGACAGAUGCAUACGAUUAGCGUUGGUUCAUGAUAUGGCUGAAUGCAUUGUUGGAGAUAUUGCUCCUGCAGACAACAUCUCAAAAGAGGAGAAACACAGGAGAGAAGAGGCAGCUAUGCAGCAGCUGACCCAGCUUCUAUCAGAAGACCUCAAAAAAGAAAUCUAUGAACUCUGGGAAGAAUACGAAAACCAGUGUACUGCAGAAGCUAAGUUCGUGAAACAGUUGGAUCAGUGUGAGAUGAUACUGCAGGCAUUUGAGUACGAAGAGUUGGAAAACACACCUGGCAGACUACAGGAUUUUUACGAUUCAACUGCUGGAAAGUUUGUUCACCCAGAAAUACUCCAGCUGGUAUCUCUGAUCAACAGAGAAAGGAAUAAAAAAACAGCUGCUACAUGUCAUCCACAUUCCUGAGGUUUUCCUAAAUACUGAUACUGGAGUCAAGCUAGCAGCUCUACAAUGUGGACUGAAGGCAUGGACUCUCUAACCUAUGGCACAUCUUUACUCAAUUGUUGGGUUUGUAUUUCACUUAAGGCUGUAUCUUGACUGAGGCUCAUGCUGUUCAGUCAUAAUUAAUUUACCUUCCCUUCUUUUUAAGGGGAAGAUAGGGAGGAAAAAUUAGAGGUUCCCCCCCUGCUCUACUUCUCUUUGUAAUUAGCUUAUACCGUUGAGUCUUAUCAAACCACAGAGAGCAAGCAACAGAACGUACUUUUAAACGGAAGCUUUUCCAGCUUCAACGUUCAGCUUACAUCAGCAGCUGUGAUCAGCUUAAUUUCUGUAUGAAUAACCGGGUGUGCCUUCCUGUCCUUAGCUCUGCUGACGAACGGAUGGAGAAGGGCAAUGCCAGACUGUUAUCAGUGAAGGACAAAAAACUUUUCUGGGGCGACAAUACGUGAUUUUAAUUCCAUUAGGAAAUAGAUCAUGUACAGACACUCCUGAUCAAAGGGCACCUGGUAUGGCAGGUAGACAGCUGGUCUACGGCCUACUGCUGGCAGCAAUCUUUGCACAGCUCUAGGUCCAUCUGUCUGAUGUGGCACUGAGAGGAGGGGUAGAAACCAGCAGAUCGAAAACAGUAUAUUUAACUAAGUAAGAGAGACUGAGCGAUUUUUGGAAGGCAGUUACAUUAAAAUGGAAAUUAUUUUGGUCACAUUAUAGAUUUUAGAGUGUUAUGAGUCAAUUACUUGUGUGUGGUUCCUAUGGCGUACAAAAUACUCGAUGAUAAAAUGGCAUAUCCAAAAUACAAAUAGAGAGAAUAAAUGCUUCUCCGGCACUAGCCUAGGGACGCAAUUUUCCAAAACUGACAAAACCUUGUUGCACAAAUUGGGCAGUGAGAGAGGCCUAGAAACCAUGGUCCGGACAAGUCUCUGAGCAAGGCCGCCGACCUAGCACUGGAGCUCUUCUUCGCUCUCAGGAAGCCGGGUGCCAGCGAGAGAGCUCUGGGCGCUGGCGUGGGCUGUAGAGCUGAGAACUUCUUCAAAACUGCCCCCAGUGUGACUUGUCCCACCAACCUUGGUCUGAAACAAGGCAAAGAAAGAACAGCACGUUCCUCUGCUCGCGCUGUAGCGAGUCCCAUUUGCAUUUCACCCCAUGACCACAGAGGGCUGGGAACUGUUUAAAGCAGGCAGAGAACAUGGGUGGUGGUGCUUUUUUUUUUGUUUUUCUUUUUCUUUUUAAAAAGAACAAAGCUAUACAAAAAGUUAAAUAAAGCAACCCCUUUUCUCCACCAGCUUUUAAACUUCUCAGCCACAAUCGUCAAAUCUGUCCAGAAUUACCAUAAACCUUAAGGAACUGUCCCCUAAGUAGAUUUGAAUUAAGAUCCUAUAUCGUGCCAGUGACCUUCGUGUGGUUCUUUACAUGAGUGCCUCACACUUGUUUUUCUGUUUUUUCCAGUUCUGCACAGGCUGAAUAAGGGAUGGGUAUUAAAAUUAACUGGUAUAUAUACAGCGUUUUCCUGGGAGAAAAAAAAAUCAAAUUACAUUAAUGGGUAUGACUGUGCUCACAAGUCAUCUACUUUCAAAAUGCUAAAGUUUGCUGAAUUGGUAAAUAUAAGAAGUAAAAUAAAAAAAAAUAAUUUAAAAAAUAUGGCUGAAAGUCUGAAAUACAGUUUUCCUAAACAAGAAAAAGCUUUACCUAAAUAUUUGGAAACGAUGAAGACUGUAAGAGGAGACAAAGCAGGUUUGAUUGGGUUGUCUUGGUAAGAGAGCAUUCUUUUGUGGUUUUGGCUUGCUGACAAGCCUGAUAUAAGUUGAUUCAUGCCUGAAAAUAGGACAGAACUUUUCACUCCAUCCUAGAACUGCAGCAGGAGUUAAGGAAAAGAUGGCAAUUUUCCAGCUUGCCAGCCACCAAAUGCUUAGGAAGAUUAUUUUAAUUAAAUGAACACUGUGUCCUAAGUUUCCAAAGGGUUAAUCCCAUGUAAUCUUUUGUUUCAUCAGCUAGCACAGGAGCUCGCCUGGUUUGAAAUUUCAAUAAAAUAAGGUAGUAGAAUGCUCGAUUAUUUCCUCUGACAGUUUGAGUCACAAUUAUUAAAAGUUCCUGUCUCAAGAGGUAAGUCUCUAUCCAUUCUGUAAGUCAGCACAGUGGCCAACUAGAAAGUAUCAGUUUAUCCUUGAUUUUUUCCAGUAACAGAAUAAUAUAUGUAUAUAUAUAGAUAUAGAUAAAUGCUGGUAGGCCCAGAACUUGCAAUGAAAAUGCAGCCACUGCCUAGUAAAGCUGUUAAGUUUUCAUGGCAGAGCGCAUGACUGUUUCCUAAUUAAAAUUCUCCACAAAAAUAACAUUGAUUCAAACCGAUCACAGUGAACGUGAAGGUAGAGACUAUUCCUGCACUAUUUCAAAUGAUUCCAAUAAGGUGCAUCUAAAUUUGGGUACCUAAAAGCUAUUAAUGAAGUUUCAUUUUCUGUUUGCAUUUCUGCCUACUCUUCCAUGAGAAAACAAGAAUGACGCAAGUCACUUACUGAAUGCUUCUGGCCAACACCCCAGUACUUACAACAAACAUUUAGUUCAUCAGCAUUCUGAUUUUCAGAAAAGUUUAAGAGUCAGGCACCCAGUUCCUGUUGAUUUCCACGGGAAGGUAAACUAAUUCACUCUCCUAAGAAAGCUGCAAUCCAAAAUCCACUCUCAAAAGCAAAUAAAAUCUAAUUAGAAGUUUGACUUCUAAAUGAAUUAAAUCUGAAAGCCAGUUUUCACUGACCACAGAAUACUAUAGGACACUGAAGAUCUGAAGCUAACAUGACCAAAAAUAAAAUAAAUAAAUAUAUAAAAUGCUGCUGCUAGUCUCUUUUGCCGAAAGCCUCUCUAGAACGUUCUCCACUUUUUCAGAUCACGGGAGGACCCUAGAAUUGAAAGGACAGCCUAUACUUUUCCCUCAUAGGACUUCUUCCUCAAAUCCUCAGAAGCCUCAGAAGAGAGGAAAAAGGAUGAACAGUUCUGAGACAUUCCCAAUUGUUCACAGCAUGUGUUGGUGGCACCCUAGGUCCAUGACUCCAUCUUCCUUCCUCCAUUUGCCCAAAGAAAUGAAAGAAAGAGAAUACAGGCAGAAAAUAUUUGAGAAAAUGUCAGUGGGUUUGCCAAUAAAGCUGGACAAUGAAAUGAAAGUUGCAUGGAAUGCAGAAGCUG